AUGAAAGUUAUCAUUAUUGGAAGUGGAUUGGCGGGGCCGACAAUGGCCCUUGUACUCAAGCGACAUAAUAUUUCCUGUAAAGUCUUCGACCUGCGCGACCAGGUUGCUUUUGAUGGCGGCUUUGUCGCCCUCGCUCCCAAUGCGCUCCGCGCACUCGAUCGGAUCGGAGUCUAUGGUCGAAUCAGGACGCAGGGCUGGAACUAUGAGGAGUUCCAAUUUCUAUCGUCCAGAAACCUGAGCCGCAUCGCAACGGUACUAAAUGGCAGCCAGCGAAAAUAUGGAUAUCCAGCACUCCGGAUAUCUCGGGGUAUUGUCCGGCAGACACUGCUGGAUGUUCUUCAGGAGCAACAGAUUGAGCUGUUCUUUAACGCAAAAUGCGUGCAGUUUGAAGAGACCGACCAUUCCACGGUCAUCGCAACCUUUGCCGACGGGCACAUUGAAGAAGCCGACUUCUUGAUUGGCGCCGAUGGGAUCCAUUCGCGCGUCCGCAGCCACCUCGACCCCAACGCAGCUCCCACAUUUAGCGGCCAACUUGGAGUCGGCGGCUCCCUUCCCAAAUCCAAGCUGCCAAAAUCAGGGCAAGAAAUGUACAUGCCGUGUCUGAUAUUGGGCAAGUUGAAUUCCUUCAUGUUUAUGCCCUGCACAUACAAUGGGGAUCGUGUUAGUUGCUUCGCAACCGUCGAGGGCGAGGAUCAGAGCCGGGAGGAAUGGACUGAGCUCCAAAAUGACAAGUCCGCUCUAUACAAGAUAUUGCAGUCCCACCACGAGAACGAGACGUGGCCUGACGUUGUCCAUGUCGCCUCGAAAAGCGUCGACCUAGCCUCACUUUCCCUAUGGCCUUAUUACAAAGUUCCCGAGCUCAGCUCUUGGUCAAGCAGCUCUGGCAGGGUAUUCGUCAUCGGCGAUGCGGCCCACGCCAUGCCUCCAACCGGCGGACAGGGUGCAGCGAUGGCCUUUGAGGAUGCGCUCACUUUGGCCAACACCCUAGCCCUUCUCGACAAAAAGGAGUCGGCUCCUCAUCAAGACCUGCUUACACAAUGGCAGAGCGCCAGGAAAGACCGUGUGAAGAAGAUCCUCGCCUUCACCUCCAAGGGAGGUGAUAUGAGAAAAAUCUUCGGCGAGCACGUUCCAACAACUCGUCAAGGAGUGGGUUAUGUGGGCGUACUUCCUGCUCAGGGGGGAGAAGGCUGGUGUGUCGUGGAUUUACGAGUAUGA